CUUUCCCCUCGUUUUUUUUUUUUAAACCAGAGCUGGAUGUGUAGAUCGUCACAUGUUGUUCUCUCCCCCCCCACCACCACCACCAACUCUCCCCACUCCUCAGUCCGGACACUAGCAGACAUGUGUUAUUUAUUGCUCAGCUUUGGGAGAAGACGAACGCACGCACAACCGGCUCCGGAAAUAAAGGAUUAAAAUAAAGCGCGUCGUUUCUUCAGCAACUCGAGGAAAGGAAAGCAUUGUGUCUGAUAGCGAAGGACACGAGAAUGGCGAGUCCGCCAAACACGGGAGACCAGCCGUUAUCGCCCGGUAAUACGAACGUGAACAACAGUAUCAAGAAAUGCGGAUAUCUAAAGAAGCAGAAACACGGACACAAGCGCUUUUUCGUUUUAAAAGAGCCGAGCGAAGGUUUCCCUGCCCGGCUGGAAUACUACGAGAGCGAGAAGAAAUGGAAAAACAAAUCGGCCCCGAAGAGAGUUAUUCCUCUGGACUGCUGUCUCAAUAUCAACAAGAGAGCGGACGCCAAACACAAAUAUCUGAUUGCUCUGUAUACCAAGGACGAGUAUUUCGCCGUGGCGGCGGAGAACGAGCAGGAGCAGGAGAGCUGGUACCGGCUGCUGACGGAUUUAAUGGCAGAGGGGAAAGUGUACGACGGCUCAGCGUCCAACUCUGCGUCCUCGCUGGUUGGCUUCGACGAGGCGAGCUACGGUGUAAUAACGCCGGUUUCCGCCGCCUACAAGGAGGUAUGGCAAGUCAAUCUGAAAUCCAAAGGCCUGGGGCAAAGUAGACAUUUGACCGGAGUGUACAGGCUCUGUCUCUCCAGCCGGACUAUCAGCUUUGUCAAACUGAACUCAGAGGUCGCCUCCGUCAUUUUACAGCUGAUGAAUAUCCGGAGGUGCGGCCACUCUGACAGCUUUUUCUUCAUUGAGGUCGGUCGAUCUGCAGCCACGGGGCCGGGGGAGUUAUGGAUGCAGGCUGACGACUCUGUGGUGGCGCAAAAUAUCCACGAGACUAUCUUGGAGGCGAUGAAAGCCAUGAAGGAGCUGUCUGAGUUCCGCCCGCGCAGCAAAAGCCAGUCAUCUGGUACGAACCCCAUCUCUGUGCCCACACGGCGGCACCUGAACAAUCUCCCCCCCAGCCAAACCGGGCUUCCCCGGCGGUCGCGCACUGACAGCAUGGCCGCCACCUCUCCCGUGAGCAAAUUUUCCUCCUGUCGAAUACGCACAGCCAGCGAGGGCGAUGGCACCAUGACACGCCCAAUGUCAGUGACUGGCAGUCCCCUAAGCCCGGGGGUCCACAGGACCCUGCUGAGUAGAUCUCACACCAUUACAACGCGCCCUUGUCGGACAUUUGAAUCUUCUUCCCUCCAGCACAGUAAGUCCAUGUCUAUGCCCCUGUCUCGUUCCCCGCCCAUGGCCACCCCUAGCCUAGGGAAUCUCUCCUCCUGCCCAGACAGCAGUGCUCCUCGCCCCUCCAGCUGCAGUGCCUCCUUCUCAGGCUCCCCCAGUGAUGCUGGUUUUAUAUCAUGUGAGGAGUUUGGCUCCAGCCCGGCAGACGCACGGGACCUGAGGCUACCACUCACCCUCCGUAGCAACACACCCGAGUCUCUCAGAGCUGACACCCCCCCCUCCCGGGACGGCAGUGAGCUUUAUGGCUACAUGGUGAUGGAGCGGCAGAAUCAGGAUGGUUACCGUCGUUUUCCGGAGCUGGACAAGGCUUAUCGAAAGCGCACGUACUCCCUCACUACUCCCCGCCAGCAGAGGGGUCCCACCCAAGUAUCUUCAGCCUCCCUGGAUGAGUAUACUCUUAUGAGAGCUACUUACAACAGUGGAAGCCAGUCUUCUCGCAGAUGUCACACUGCCUCGCCUAAAGGGACCUAUCCUGAAGAUUACAGGGAUGUUCAGAUCAGCACUGGCAGUCUCAAAGGUGACAGUGGCUAUAUGCCCAUGAUGCCAGGUGUGGUGCCUCAGACACCAGGGUCCAAGGAUGACCCCUACAUGCCCAUGAGCCCCAUGUGUGUUUCUGCUCCAAAGCAGAUCAUCAACCCCCGUUCACACUCAUCUUCAGUGGGGCUGGCCCCAUGCACAGAGUCCCCCGGGAGUGUUUCUCUGGAGGACAGUGGCUAUAUGCGGAUGUGGUGCGGAACCAAGAUGUCAGUGGAGAGCAGUGAUGGAAAACUCACCAAUGGAGAGUACCUGAACAUGUCUCCUGUUGACCCUCUGGUGUCUUUCACACCUCCAGACUACAUCCUCAGUCCCCAAGGAGGAGAUCCCCACCCCCAGCAACAUCACAGACAGCCUUAUUCUUACAGCUCUCUACCACGCUUACUUAAAGGCCAGUUGCAGCGCAACGGGUCCACGGACACAGACCAGUAUGUGGUGAUGAGUUUACAGAGACAGCGGAUAGAAGAGGAGUCCAACUAUUGUCCCGUCUCUCCAGGAGACUCUGUCACCAGCAGCUCUCCAGGGACACCAAGCACCCCUUCCUCCGCCCCAUCUCCUCUCAGAGUGGCUCGGGCAGAUGGAGGUCUGGUACACCGGAAUAGGGUGUGUCGGCCCACCCGCCUGGCUCUGGAGUCCCUCAGAACACUACCAUGUAUGAGCGAACACCCCCUUCCCUCAGAGCCACGCAGCCCCGGAGAGUACAUCAACAUAGACUUUAGUAGUGCUACCCGUGACCUGCUGGCACCCACAGUGUCAGAGAGCUCUGAGUCCUCUGUGACUUCAAUGAGUGCAGAGAAGGGAUCCCUGCAACUCUCAGACUAUGCUAAUGUUGACGUCAGCUCCCCGGGUCACCUUGGCUCUCCAUCUGCAGGGUGCCUAAACCACACACCUGAAGUCUUGGCUUGCCCCACGCUGGUGAACGCCCAGGAGAACACACAGGAAGGCGAGGAGGAAAAAAAGGAAAAAAGCAUAGAGGGACAGGCAGAGGAGAGGGGGAUGGUAGAGGAAUAUCCUCUCCAACAGCAGGUGAGCCUGGUGUCUCAGUCGGCUCUAGUCAAGGAUGACUACACUGAGAUGACUUUCAGUGCUCCUGGCCCUGGCCCUGUACCUGCUCUCUGCACCACUGAUGCUGCUCCCCUCCCCACCAGCCCCACUGCCUGUGUCCAGAGACUCAGCCUUGAGAACAGCAUUGUGGAUGGGGUGACCCCUGUGCCACUGGACUCAUUUCUCCUGGGGGGUCCUUCGUUAUCUGUCACCCUUGUGGAUCCACACAGGGGUGCUAAAGUGAUCCGGGCCGACCCUCAGGGGCGCCGGCGGCACAGUUCUGAGACCUUCUCCUCCACCACCACUGUCACACCUGUGUGCCCAUCCUUUGCCCAUGACACCAAACGGCACAGCUCUGCCUCUGUGGAGAAUGUAUCCCACACUGUUUGCAGCUCUGAGGGACCUGACGAGGACUACGGCAGCAACAGCCCCAUGUGCAGGGAGAUGUCAGCUGGUUAUCAGAAUGGACUUAACUACAUUGCCUUAAACUUGAUGGAGGGAAACCUCGGAGGAUGCAGGUUAGGGGACUGUGAUGGACUUCUGAGGUUCAAAGCAGCCUGUGGCUGCAAGGGAGACAUGAAUGGUUUCAACACUAGCCCCUACGCCAGCAUGGGAUUUAAGGAGACUGCUGCUGCUGUGAAAGAAUGAAGGCUGAUGGGUCCCCCCACACCCCCGUUCCCCUCUCCCUGUUUUUCCUGUGAACGCAGGAUUUCGCUGCAGCCAAGUGACAAGGUCGCCACGGCGACAGCUGGACCAUGCGCCGCAGUCGAUGUCCUUUGACCUCUUUGCCGCCUUCUCGGGUCACAGGGACGGCCAUCACCAUGGCAACACGGACACUUGACCCUUGCCCCAAAUCUUCCCUCCGCUUUUCUAGGCACCAAAACAUUCAGGCGCCAUCGCUGCUGCUGUACUAGAUUACUUAAAAAAAAUAACAAGAACUUAAACAGACUAUUAACUCUAACUAUAGAUAGGUAACUAUUUAUCUCUGUAGGCCUGCAAAACUAUCCUGCAGUAUAUUGUUAUGUUAAUUAUUAUUAUUGUUGUUACUGCCAUUCAUACACUUUCAGCUGGUUUUCUUUUGGCUUUAGUCGAUAGUUGCCAGAUACCCUCACCUGACAACCUGUGAACCAAACCUGGAGAGCAUAGUGUGUGCACACACACAGACACACACACGCACACACAUACAUACACACAUACGUGCAACAUCCAUGCAACAUCCAUGCAUACAGAUUACAUAUAUUUAUUUAUUUAUCAUCUAUGUAUGCAUUUAAUGAAGUGUGUGUGCGUGUGUGUGUGAAUUUCUAUACAGAUUGUACUGCAAAAAGAGGUGGGAUUUAUGAACAUAUUAAAAAAUCAAAGUUAACAUUUGCUUAAAAAAAACCUACCUCAGCAAAAACCAGGUUGGUACCAAUUCACACAGUAGAAAUAUAUAUAAAAUAUUUAUUUUCACAGGUGAAUGUUUUUUAAAAUCACCAAUCCAAAGCCUUACUCUAGCCAUCAGCCCCCUCUGAUGGAUCUUUUUAGUUUGGACCUAUAAACACGCAGUAUAUCAAAGAUUUAACCAAUCAUCUUAUAAACCGAAUGUUCAUCAGAGCCGAGUGAAAGACAGCCUCUCUGAGAUUAAGUUCCUUUUCUCCCCACGUUACAUUUAUGACAAGAUUAUGUAUUAAAGAUCCAGAGUAAUAUAUUUAUUAAUAUGCCUGAGAUGGAGGAUUCACAGGACUUUAGAGGAAUACUUGACAUUGCAUUGCAUCACACGUGCAUGCAGGAGUCACACAUCCAAGCACUGCAGCAUGAACCAACUGGACCUGACCACCAGAUCUGUGGCCUGUCUGAGCCCAAGUCUCAGCACCUUUAUACACUUUACCUUCUCACCCGCUGUUUACCUGUGAUAUCCUGCACAUCUACACAGCCUGCAGGAAGUUAUGACCUGUCACAUCAAGGGGCGGUAACAUGAAUGUUUGAAGUUAUUUAUACAGAGUAACUGGACAGCUCAGAAUCUUACAUUUUCUCACCUGAUGCCUCAUUGCGGAGCUCUGUGACACCACGUGACUGGCUGGGAGGUGAAGGCAGCGCCGAGCAAUGUGGCGAAUGCAUGACGCGGUCUUGACCCGCUGUUCAGUGAGCCGCUCGAUUGCUUGAACCCAUGGGCCUCUGCUGCCGCUUUGACCAGUGAGAGAGAGAGAGAGAGAGCUAGACGGGACACGCCGGAGCCAAUGCAUGGUCUUGCACUUACAAACUUUCUAGAUUGUAACACAAGACACAUUGAAUGUAGUACAUGCUGUGUUUCGCGCUUGGGAACACACAACCCAACAAACACCACAAAAACUGCAACAACAACAAUGAAACAUGCAAAGGUACUGAAUGGAAACUACGACACACACAUACGAACCAGGGGAAGUAUCUCUUUAUUUAUCUGAAUUCACUGGUACUUAACCUUUGCCUAUAUACUGUAAAUAGUGCGACGUUACAGAGAAUUACAUUUAAGCAAACGCUGAGAAACUUUGAGACAUGUUAAGUUAAAUAACUUAUGUUGUUUGUACUGUACAUAGUAUGUGUUUGAGUGAACUUUCUGAUACAACAAAAGCACUAAUUAAGUUAUAUGCUAACCGGUAUGGUUUGGCUUUGAUUUUCUUUUUAAACUGUCAUGGGAUAGUCUUGUGAAAUGGAUGCCACUAUGAGGAAACUUUCUAAUGCUGUAAUUCUGAAAAACGAUUUUAAGAGAAAUCAUUAAUACUUGACAUAAUUCAUUCUUGUAACUUAGGUACAACAGAAAUGGCAUAUAUGCAAUAUUUACACUUUUGAAAAUUAGUUUACAAAGAGGUACCAAAUGUAUAAAUACUGUUAAUAAUGUUUGUUAAACCUUAAAAUCAGAUUUUUUGCUGUUUGUACCUUUUUUUUCCUCCAAAUUUGAAAUGAAAACUUUUUUCUGUGUGUUUUUUGCUAAUCGAGCCUCUUGAUGUUUUGAGCAGUGUUUUGCAUUUGGAUAAUGUUUCAAGUUUUUAUUAAGCAUCUAAAGGUUACGAUAUGGGCCCUGGCUUAUCUUGCUGUGUCUUUCAUUGUAAAUAUUUCAUAUCUUGCAUAUUGUGAUGCUACUAAGAGAUGAUAAUUUAAACUUAGUUCAUUGCUUUAGAUUGUAUUGAUUCUUUAUAGACACAUGCAAUAAAUAAUGAUGUUAUUUAAGAAA